UUUUUCUCGUUUUAUUCUUCAAACAAUGUCUGCUGGUCUUCGUCACGCAUUUAAAACAGCUAAACAGCAAAAUCGUCCUGCUUUUGUCACUUUUCUUACUGCUGGUUACCCCACUCCUAAGGAAACCGUAGAAAGUAUGUUGGCUUUGGAACGAGGAGGAGCUGAUGUUAUUGAGUUAGGUAUUCCUUUUACUGAUCCCCUUGCUGAUGGCCCUACUAUCCAAUAUGCUAGUACUGCUUCACUUAAACAUGGCACAGAUAUUCCUAUGUGUCUUCAAAUGGUUCGUGAUGCUCGUGCUUGUGGAUUAACAAUCCCUGUUGUUUUUAUGGGCUAUUAUAACCCAAUUCUUGCAUAUGGAGAGGAAAGGAUAGUUAAAGAUUGUAAAGAGGCUGGAGUCAAUGGUUAUAUUUUAGUUGAUUUACCCCCUGAGGAAUCUCAUAAUUUCCGUAAUAUUUGUUACAAGUACGGCUUGUCUUAUAUUCCUUUGAUUGCACCCUCUACUACCGAAGCUCGUAUUGAAUUACUUGCUACAAUUGCUGAUUCCUUUAUUUAUGUUAUUUCUCGUAUGGGUGUAACAGGCGCUAAAGAUACCGUUAGCGAUGAGUUACCUUCUAUUGUAUCCCGUAUCAAGAAAUAUACCGAUGCUCCCUUGGCUGUAGGUUUUGGUGUCUCUACACGUGAGCAUUUUGUUCAAGUAGGUGCUCAUUCUGAAGGUGUUGUUAUUGGUUCUCGUCUUAUCACUAUUAUCAGAGAUGCUGUUGCUGAAAAGAAAGAUGUGGCAGAGAUUGUUCAGCGAUACGCUUCUGAAAUCACGGGUCGUACUGAGCCUAUUAAGACCAUAGCUGGCUCACACACUGGUCUUGCUGAUCUUGAAGUGAAUGAUGCUGCAGGACGUGGUCCCUUUUCUCCUAAUGAUAUCAAGAACUUUUAUCAAUUGGAUCCUCGCUUUGGUGAAUUUGGUGGCGCCUAUGUUCCUGAAGCUCUUGUCGAUUGUCUUACUCAACUUGAAAUAUGCUUCAAGGAAGCCAUGGAAGAUCCUACAUUUAAGGAAGAAUUUGAGUCUUAUUAUGAUUAUAUCUCUCGUCCUUCUCAACUUCAAUUUGCCAAUCGUUUAACUGAAGAUGCUGGUGGUGCAAAAAUUUGGUUAAAGCGUGAAGAUCUGAAUCAUACAGGUUCUCAUAAGAUUAAUAAUGCAGUUGGGCAAAUAUUACUUGCUAAGCGCCUUGGCAAGAAACGUAUUAUUGCAGAAACUGGGGCAGGUCAACAUGGUGUAGCUACUGCUACUGUAUGUGCCAAGUUUGGUUUAGAAUGUGUUGUGUAUAUGGGUGAAGAAGAUUGUCGUCGUCAAGCUCUUAAUGUAUUCCGUAUGAGAAUGUUAGGUGCUACUGUUGUUCCUGUACAGAAUGGAUCAAGAACACUUAAAGAUGCUAUUAACGAAGCUAUGCGUGAUUGGGUUGCUAAUGUCUCUACUACACAUUAUCUUGUUGGCUCUGCUAUCGGACCACAUCCCUUCCCUCAAAUUGUUCGUGAAUUCCAAUCUGUUAUUGGUAAAGAAACAAAGCGACAGAUGCUUGAAAAAGCUGGUAAAUUACCUGAUGCUGUUGUAGCUUGUGUAGGGGGUGGUUCAAAUUCAAUUGGUAUGUUUCAUCCUUUCGUUGAUGAUAAAUCAGUUAGAAUCAUUGGUGUUGAAGCUGGAGGUGAUGGUAUUGAUACCGAAAAACAUUCUGCUACACUUACUAAGGGUACUCCUGGUGUACUCCACGGUACGCGUACAUAUCUCUUGCAAGAUCCUAAAGGUCAAAUUAUUGAAACACAUUCUGUUAGCGCUGGUUUAGACUAUCCAGGUGUAGGUCCUGAACAUGCUUAUUUGAAAGAUUGUGGUAGAGCUGAGUAUCAUGUUGCUGAUGAUGCUCAAUGCUUGCUCGGCUUCAAGAAAUUAACUCAAUUAGAAGGUAUCAUUCCUGCUCUUGAAUCUUCACAUGCUGUCUAUGUUGCGUAUCAAAUAGCAUCUCAACUCCCUAAGGAUAAAGAUAUUGUUAUUUGUCUUUCUGGUAGAGGUGACAAGGAUAUGCAUACCGUUACUGAAGUAUUACCUAAAUUAGGUCCUAUGAUUGGUUGGGAUUUACGUUUCUAAAAAAAAAAAAAAAAAAAAAAA